CAUUAAUUAUUGUUGGUUUUAUAGGGAAGAGAGAUCGAUCGAGAUGGUUUUAAGUGGUAAGUUGGUAAGCCAAACAGAGAUCAAAUCUGGUGGUGAUGUGUUUCAUGAUCUCUUCAAAACAAAGCCACAUCACAUAUCAAACAUCACUCCUGGUUUAAUACAGGGUUGUGAUCUGCAUGAAGGUGAUUGGGGCACUGUUGGCUCUGUCAUCUCCUGGAAUUAUGUCCAUGAUGGGAAAGAAUGUGUUGCUAAAGAGCUUAUAGAAGCCAUAGAUGAGGAAAAGAAGUCCAUGACUUUCAAGGUGAUUGAAGGACAUCUCCUGGAUCUGUACAAGACCAUUGUAAUAACUUUUCAUGUUGAUACAAAGGGUGAAAGCAACUUGGUGACAUGGACCUUUGUAUAUGAGAAGCUGAGUGAACAUGUCCCUGAUCCAAAUACAUUGAUGGACUUGUGCAUUGCUCUCACCAAAGACAUCGAAACUCAUCACCUCCAGGGAUAGGUGCCAAAAAGUCAUAUAUAUAUAUAUAUAUGUGAUGGUGGUCGCAAGUAUCUGUAUAAUAAAAGUUUGAGAGUUGCUCUUAUGAAUGAUAUGUAUCUGCUAAUAAAUGCAUAGUGUAUGUGACGGGUGUGGAGAAACUUCUACUUAAUUGAAAGAAUAUCUUGCAUAUCGGUGUUUGCUUAAAUAUAUGAUAGUGUGUAUUGUUCAUGGUUUAAUGCA